GAGCAGCAGGCACCGGGCCACCAGGCGGAGCAGCAGGCACCGGGCCACCAGGCGGAGCAGCAGGCACCGGGCCACCAGGCGGAGCAGCAGGCACCGGGCCACCAGGCGGAGCGGCGACAGGCAUCGGGCCCCCCCGGGAGGGGCGACAGGCAUCGGGCCCUCCAGGUGGGGCGACAGGCAUCGGGCCCCCAGGCGGAGCAACAGGUCUCGGGCCCCCAGGCGGAGCGGCGGGCGCCGGACCCCCAGGCGGAGCAACAGGUCUCGGGCCCCCCAGGCGGAGCGGCGGCGGGCGCCAGACCCCCAGGCGGAGCGACAGGUCUCAGGCCCCCAGGCGGAGCGGCGGGAGCCAGACCCCCAGGCGGAGCGGCGGGCGCCGGACCCCCAGGCGGAGCGACAGGUCUCGGGACCCAGGCGGAGCGGUGGGCGCCGGGCCCCCAGGCGGAGCGACAGGUCUCAGGCCCCCAGGCGGAGCGACAGAUCUCAGAUCAGGCCCCCAGGCGGAGCGACAGGUCUCAGGCCCCCAGGCGGAGCGACAGGUCUCAGGCCCCCAGGCGGAGCAAGCGGCGGGCUCCGGACCCCCAG